AUGAACACAAGUAUGGACAGUACUGAAAAUAUACAUUCCAUUCCUCAACAUUUGGAAGUGAAAAUUGAACAAGAAGAAGAAGCGGGUCAAUUGUCAACACGUGAAAAAGAUCAAUCCACAAUAUCACCAUUGCCAGAAUCUCAGGAAAUCUCGCCGAAACAACCACCCACACCAACGCCUCUGCCUUGGGCGAAAUUAUUCGUGGUCUUCUUUAUGUAUUUAUGUGACAGUUUGAGUAUUACUUCUUUGUUUCCAUACAUUUCUUUCAUGGUGGCAGAUUUUAAUUUAACUGACAAUCCAACGGAAUAUGGAUAUUAUGUGGGAUUAGUGGCAUCUUCAUAUUUUCUAUCACAAUUUAUUAGUAGUUUUAUUUGGGGAUAUUUAUCAGAUUUAGUGGGAAGGAGGCCAGUGUUACUUUCUGGAGUGUGUUGGGGUGCAUUUUGUGUGAUGGCUUUUGGAUUCUCAAAAUGGUUUUGGUGGGCCUGUGUUUGCAGAUUUAUGUUUGGCUUACUGAAUGGCAAUCUUGGAGUAACAAAGAGCUAUUUAGGAGAAAUCACAGACAGUACCAAUCAAACACGAGCGUUUGCUCUGACGAGUAUUACUUUUGGCAUUUCAUCUGUGUUAGGUCCAUUGGUGGGUGGAGUUUUCUCUCGACCUCAUGCUCAAUAUCCUCGAUUCAUGGAAUUAUUUCCUGAGUGGAUUCAAAAUAUUUCACGAUUAUUUCCUUACAUUAUUCCUAAUUUGAUCAUUUCUGCUCUUGCAUUUACUGGAUUUACAAUUGGAUAUUUUCGACUUCAAGAAACAAACAAAAAUGGAUGGUAUUAUAGAAAAUUCUGUAAGACCGAACCAAUUGCUGAUCUCAAUGAUGAUAGCAUGAAUCAAGAACUUUCAGAAAUGAAAACCUCCAAUGUGGAUCCUUCCAACAAGAAAAACAAUUCUCUAAUGACUUCUCCUCCCACAAUGAGUAUGUCACGUGUGAAUUUAUUAUCUAAGGAUGGAAACCAAGAGAAUACAUCCAUUAAUGACAUGGAAGAAUUAGAGGAAGAAACAGCAUUCGAAUCUUUACAACCAAGAAAAACCCUAUUCGAGCGCAUCAAACAACGAAUCAAAUUAAUUUUAAGUAAUGAAAUGCUGUCUUCAGCAGCACCUCUUACGACAUGUACUUUAUAUAUGCUUCUUGGAGCGAAGCAAGUCAUGUUUGAUGAGUGUCUUCCUUUACUUGCAGUCAUGCCGAUCGAUAAGGGAGGAAUGGGAAUGACUUCGUAUCAAUUAGGAUUGGUGGGAGGAUUAUUAGGAUUUGUCAUUAUUUUGCAUCAAGUAUUUAUUGCUCAUCAUGUUAUCAAAAGAUUUACAGCUUUAUAUUGCUAUAGAACGAGUUUAUUGGCUGACAUUAUCAUGAGUGUGAUAUUUCCAGAAAUAAUAUGGCUUGUUGCGGAUGACAAUGCACCCACUUGGAGAAUCAUUCUAUUUUGGAUUACCUUAAUUGUGUCACUCUUGUUAAGACAAGUCUCUAAUGGUUAUUCCUUCUUGGGAUCAUUCUUGUUUACAAACAAUAGUGUCUCUAAAAAGAAUUAUGGAAAAUUGAAUGGUACUGCACAAUCGAUGGUGGCACUCUCGAGAAUGAUUAGUCCUGUGGUUGGAGGAGCUAUUUUUGCAAGUUCUGUUUCAUCUUCAUUUGUGUUGCGCCAUCGUGUGAUCUUUUACAUAAUCGCAGCAAUUUCGAUGUUCAUGUUGUGUCUUUCGUUUGUACUUAACGCAAGUAUUAACAAGCCAAAAGAAGAAACUAAAUCUUCUUCAACAACUUCCAGUCCAACAACCUCUAUUGAAAGAUCAACAUUUAAUCCACUCGGAUUGUUUUCCUACGAUCGUGGUCAUUUGGUGGCAAACAAUGACUUGAGACGUGCCACCGAUAAAAAGUUUACCUUUCUUGUCAUUAACAAGGCAGCUCAGAAUUCGAAUGUGAAUCGAGGUAUUUGGCGACAUGUGGAACACUCGUUGAGAAAUGCCAUUAUGGAUGUUGCUGCCACCAAGAAAAAGAACAUUGAAGCCAUUGUGGUGACACGACCUCUCUAUGACAAGACAAACAUGGCUUAA